UAUCGCUGGCCAUGAGUAACUGCUUUGUGAAGCCGACCUCUCGGAGCGAGGGUGAGAUCCUCCAGUCGCCCAACCUCAGGAGCUUCGCCUACAGGGAGCUCAGGGCGGCCACUAGGAACUUCCGACCGGACAGCGCCCUCGGUGAAGGUGGCUUCGGGGUGGUAUUCAAGGGGUGGGUCGACGAGACCACCUUUGCCCCGCCCAGCGGCAACGAGACUGGCAUGCCAAUCGCUGUUAAGAAGCUCAACCAGGAAGGCAUCCAGGGCCACAGGGAAUGGCUGGCUGAAGUGAAUUACCUUGGACAACUGUCGCACCCCAAUCUGGUGAAGCUCCUAGGGUACUGUCUCGAAGACGUGCAGCACCUACUUGUCUAUGAGUUCAUGCCACGCGGAAGCUUAGAGAACCAUAUGUUCAGGAGGGGCUCACAUUUCCAGCCACUGUCAUGGAAUCUGAGGAUGAAUGUUGCUCUUGGGGCAGCCAAGGGGCUCGCGUUUCUACAUAGCGACAAGGCCAAUGUCAUCUACCGUGAUUUCAAGAUGGGAAAUGUUCUUCUUGAUUUGAGCUACAACGCAAAGCUGUCUGAUUUUGGGUUGGCAAGGGAUGGGCCAGCUGAUGAUAAGAGCCAUGUCUCUACAAGGGUCAUGGGCACAUAUGGAUAUGCAGCCCCUGAAUAUCUUGAUACAGGGCAUCUGACGACGAAGUGCGACGUGUACAGCUUCGGCGUGGUGCUGCUGGAGAUGUUGUCCGGCCGGCGCGCCCUGGACAAGAACCGGCCGGCCGGCGAGCACAAGCUGGUGGAGUGGGCAUCGCCGUACCUGACAAGCAAGCGCCGCAUCUCUCAAAUCCUGGACGCGCGGCUGGGCGGGCAGUACCCCCUUGGCAGCGCGCAGAAGGCUGCCGCGCUGGCGCUCAAGUGCAUCUCUGUCAACCCGAAAGCCCGGCCAAGGAUGGAGCAGGUGGUGGCAGCGCUGGAGCAGCUCCAGGACGACAAGGAGACCGUGGUGACUGGUGGAGGCGCCUGCGGCUUCUUCAGGAUGUGUGGCGGUGGCAGGCAGCAGCAGCAGCAGCAGACGUAGCCCGGCGCUGCACCGGUGAGCACUGAUGAAGGGUUGAUUGUAAUGAGAGAUGAUUUAUUAGUGCUUCUUGCAUUUGCAAAUUCAGGGCUUCCAUUUUUCCCCGCUUCUUUAGGCAGGAUGAUGACCAGUGGAGUUUUUGUUCCCGUUAGAAAUGAGCUGAAAAAUAACAUGCAAAAAUGUUUUAUUUCCAUGGUUGAAUGGAUCAAUACUGCAUGGUAAUCGGACCUGAUGUUAAUGGCAAUCAGUUAUGAACUGAA